GCACUGUGCUUUUUCUCAAUUUUGCUUGACGAGGUGCCUGGCCGUGAAGCGCAAAGCCCCAAAACUAAAAACUGCGUAUGAGGUUUAAAAACUUCGGAGAACCUCUAAUAAAGAAAAUGAUAGAACAAAACACUGUUACACGCCCACCGACUGAAUACCGCUUUGAAUGGGCGGCGAGGGACAGAGAUGAGGAACUGUGGUAACCGUAGUUCUUCGAAAUCUGCCAUCAUGACAGAGGGAACCAGUGAGUGACCUAACAAAGAACCUUAACGCUGAGUCUCAACUGUUUUAUAAAAUUAUUAUUAUUGUUAUUGUUGUUGCUAUUACUACUGCUACAUUUCAUCUCUUAAAUCUAUAUUCACAGAAUGAUUUGUAAAAGUUAAAUAACAUCUUGAUGUUAGCUGCAAAGUAGGUUUCAGUGGAAGGAUGGAAAGCUGCCAUCAUCUGCACCGCUGUGGGAAUGUGUCUUACAAAAUCUCUGGAAGUUCCUGCUGUAAUGAUAAUAUCACUCUGGGAUUAAGCCAGCUGGUGGCUGACUGCUGUGGUUCUGUAGCUUACAAUCCCCUUAAUGAGAUUUGCUGUAAUGGCAGAAUUCUGACUCGAAGCAGCACUAAUGUGAAAUGCUGUGGCAAAGACAUGUACUUGACAACGACUCAUGUUUGUUGUGGUGGCAACAAUAUAUUACAACGGAAGGAAAAUCAUGCUUGUUGUGGCAAGGAAAUGUUUGACGUGACAACCCACUGCUGCUGUGCUAACCCUGAACUAGAAGUAAAGCCUAAAAAUGAAGCUUGCUGUCCAAAAGCAACAGAUGAAGGAAAAUUUCAGCAAGUCUCUCCUCACACUCGCACAAUCCCCAAAAACUCAGACUUGGAUGAGUGUGGAACAGAAACCUACAAUCCCCGUGAACAAAUUUGUUGCUCAGGGAAGCCGCAUAAAAAGGAAUCCUCACUCACUAAGUGCUGUGGCGUAGAUGCUUACACUCUGUCAGAUGACAAUGUGCUGUGCUGUAAUGGAAUCCUUCAUAUCAAUGUUCCUGAGCACUCAGAGUGUGUUGGAGGUGUUAUAUAUUCUCCAGAAAACACUACUUGCCAAAUGUUGACCCGUCCUCGUCUUGGUGAACACUGCUGUGGAAGACAAACCUUCAAUCCUCACACACAUAUUUGCUGUAAUGGACACAGCCACAGCAAGAAGAAUGGCAAUUUCUGUUGUGGUUCAGAAGUCUAUGAUCACCACAACAAGUUCUUGAGAUGCUGCUCAGGUCAUCUCUACAACCUAACCCAUUUACAUGAAAUAACAGAGUGCUGUGGAAACCUAUUGCUGCAAUAUAACAACAAUCAGACUUGCUGUUCCUCCUCAACCAAUUCCAUCAUUUAUCAAACCAAACCAAACCACCGUUGUUGUGGGCAUUACUACUACAACACUUCCCUGUGGAGCUGCUGUGCUGAACAUCUCAAACCAACACCAAAACCUAACAGCUCUCCUGCAGAAUACAGACUUAAACCACUAAUGGACCUGAUCCCUGAAAUGUGCAACGAAACAGUGUUCUUUGGCAAAGUGGAAAGUGUGGCACUUAAAAACGAUCAGCGUCAUGUUGUGUUGAAAGUUGUUGGGCAAGUCGAUGUAAAAUCAGAAAAGGUCAUCAAAGACCCUUGGCUUCAUGUGUCCCUGGAUCACUGCAGCUCUCCUGCUACAGAAAACAACAUGACCUACCUUUGGGAGCAAAACCACAAUGGAAAGUACAAGCUUCUCUCUCACCCUGUUGACCUAACCUCUGACAUUCACAUGUUCUAUUUUGUGUGUUACCAAAAGAAGGGAUAGACAUGGAUUGAGAUCUAUUUCCCAUGAUUUCCAAAGCAUGCUGGUUUUCUGUUUUGAAAAGAAUUUGUAUCCUAACACUACUUUAUUAUUAAUUCUAAAUGACUCUAGUAUGUGAAUGGCCGCUGUAUUUGAAAGCUAAGAACUUAAGACAAGUUUCUAAAGUCUCAACUAUUUUAUUAAGCUAUAUGGCUAAAAUUGUCUGCCAAAUGAAUAAAACUAAUGAAUGAAUACAUUUUAGUUUUUAGGUCUUAUCUAAUAGGAAAAUGUGUAAAUGACAGUUAUUUGUAAUGAACGUGUUUAUUCAUAUAGAGUUAUCCUUUAACUUUUUUAAAAAUCGAAAUUGCUGUGCAAGGCCAGAUCUACUAAACAGUGGAAAAUAGUAAACAGCUCCGAUGAGCCAAAAAAUGAAGAAAAUUAAAUUAAAAUAACAUGGUUUGGCAAACAAAUAUAAACAUUUAUUCUGGCAUUGCAAAUAAUUAUUUUUGUUGCUGUUAUGUGACGUAGUGGUGUCUGACUAGGGAGGAAAUGUGGGGUAAUGACAUCAUCAUUUCACAAAAUAUUGAUUGUCCAAAUUAAACUGCAAGAGUGUCGUUUUCAGAUUUAUACACUCUGGGACCCAGUUAAAAAAAAUAUUGGUUUCAUUCUCCCAAAAUGCUUGAUCUGUGUGUGGACAAAAAGCCAGUAUUAUACAAAGUGUUUGCACACAGCUAAGCAUGUCUCCAUGGAGAUCCUUUUUGGGGCAUUAAACGAUGACGCAAUCUAAUUUGACGAGCGCAAUCGCUAGUUUAGUAAAUUGUUGCGUGAUUCAUUAUCAGUAUUCUCCUCUCUUCUAUUUUGCGUCUGAAAGGGAAAUUCCUACUAUUUUAAUGACAAGAACAGUUUGCAAGCUAUUAGUAAAGCUGGUCUUAAAUUUGAUAUACGAUAAAUUACACUGCAUCAUGUAAUAAGCAUUUUUUAAUCGUACUGUAUUUUUAUUUUAUUUUUUUUAUCUCAGGUCUAUUUCAGUUUCUGUUCCAUGUUUAUAUACUAUAGAUCAAAGGUGCAUCUUAUAGUAAUUGUUGGUUCAAAAGCUAUUAAUGACUUUUAUUCUAAUCCUUUUUUAUGCUUUAAUGUUUUUUAAUGUUUUUAAACGACACCAGCUCAAUUAGAAGCUUGAAGUUAGUAUGAAUUUUAUUAGUAAUAUUUUUAUUUCUUUUUAUGAGUGACAAAUGUGUAUGUUUGUUACAUUCAUUACAUAUGCUCAAUCCGUGUGUUAUAUCUGCAUACAAUUUUAUUUUUAAGCAGUAUUUCAUACAUUUGCAUUAAAAAUUUGCACAUAUAAUCUGUCUAUAUCUAAUACGUGUAGAGUGACCUGUCUUAACAACAACCAUAUGAAAUGUUGUGUGAAGAAAGUCUACUCACUCAAAUUGCAUUAUGGAUAAAGAUAUGGAACUUAAGAAAAAGAUAUAUUACCAUUUGUGAUUGUUUAUGAAAUAUAUUGUUUCUAAAUAAAAUACUCAGCAUCAAAAUUGCUAUUUACAAGUAGCCUACAUGUU